ACAGCUUGAAGAGACUUGGAUGAAAACCUAGCUUUACAAAGACGCAAAAUGUGACUCGGUCCCGCGAAUCUAGUUUGCGAAGUUUGAACAGUAAUAGCUGAUGCAAGUCAGCUACCUGUUUUUCGCUGUUUGUAGAAGUGUGUUUUAUUCUGAAACCUCGGCCGCAUCGAGUGUGUUUACCAGAGUGUGGGACACAAAUACACCACAAGUUUGUCUCAAUGACGGUUUCUCCUCAUGAAUCUGCUCUGGAUCGUCAACCAUGAGCGAAGCGGAGGUGAGCUGCAGUAUCUCCCCGAUUCUUCCGUCGCUGGGCAGUGAGAUCAGAGCCAAGAUGGAGCAGUUUCUGGAAGAGAGGACAGAAGCCAACAUGUGGGCUGCUGUUUUGAUCGGAGCUGCGGGAGUCGUCUCAUUGGUCGGCGUUGUGGUGUUGCUGCUCUACAGAAAAUUCAAGUGGUCAAAGGAGGAGGCCAACGGGCCUCAUUAUCGCUUCAGGAAGAGGGACAAGGUCAUGUUCUACGGCCGGAAAAUCAUGCGAAAGGUCACCACUCUGUCCUCAGCGACAGCCGGGGGCUCCAACUCAGCCUCCAGACAGAGAGUCAGGAAGAGGACCAAGGUCAUGUCCAUCGCUAGAAAGAUCCUGCGCAUCAGGAGGGAGCCCCCCACGCUGCAGCCCAAGGAGCCACCCCCGAGUCUGCUGGAGGCUGAUCUGACCGAGUUCGAUGUGCAGAACUCCCACCUGCCCUCUGAGGUUCUCUACAUGCUGAAAAAUGUCAGGGUUCUGGGACACUUCGAGAAGCCACUUUUCCUGGAGCUUUGUCGUCACAUGGUGCUGGUCCAGCUGCACCAGGGGGAGGCGCUGUUCCGCCCAGGGGACACAGAUGACAGUAUAUAUGUGGUGCAGGACGGACGCCUGGAGCUGUGCAUCCAUGAGAGCGUAAGACCCGACUCACACACAGAACUGGACGGGACUGAUGCGGUGGUCAAGGACGUUCUUCCUGGAGACAGCGUGCACAGUUUGCUCAGCAUCCUGGAUGUCUUCACUGGCUACCCGGCUCCUUACAAGACGGUCUCGGCCUGGGCUGCUCUUCCUUCCACCGUCCUGAGGCUUCCGGCUUCUGCCUUCCACUCAGUGUUUGAGAAAUAUCCAGAGACUUUAGUCCGGGUUAUACAGAUUAUCAUGGUGCGUCUCCAGAGAGUGACAUUCCUAGCCUUGCACAACUACCUGGGUCUGACCACGGAGCUCUUCAACCCUGAAAGCCAAGCCAUCUCCCUGGUGUCGGUGGCUCACGUCCUGGGUGAGACACAUCCUCACCGAGGCCUGCGAAGACAGCCGUCUCACAGCGACGAGCAGACCUCAGCCGACCUGGAGAAGCACAGUCUGGGUGACGCGUCCUCCCCGAAGUACAAGAAGUCCCGCUCCCUGUCCACGCCCUCGGCCGUGACAGGGGAGAUGUCAGACGACCUCAAUAAAGUCUACGAACGGGCUCGAGUGGUGAAAGAAGAGGCGGCGAGGAGCGAGUCCGGACCAGUGAAGUCCAUCCUGAAGAAGAGUGUCACCAUGCAGCACGCUCCCUCUGCUGUCUAUCACUACAACGACACCAGAGUGGACAACCUCCACUACAAUAAAGUCAACGCCAUUUUCCAAGCUGCCAAAAAGGAUCUGCUGCAGGUCAUCCAGUUACAGGACCCCAGUUUGCUGGAAGGGCGGGUGACGCUUCGCCAGGUCAAAGCUUCCACUGUGGUGGCCCACCAGGGAGACCAGGACGUGAGCGUGGCCUUCGUCAUCUCCGGCCUGCUCCACGUGUAUCAGCGCAUGAUCGACCGCGAGGAGGAGUCUCUCCUCUUCACCACGCACCCUGGCGAGAUGGUGGGCCACUUGGCAGUGCUGACCGGGGAGCCGCUCAUCUUCACCGUGCGCGCCCACAGAGACUGCACCUUCCUGUCCAUUUCCAAGGCUCACUUCUACGAGAUCAUGCGCGAGGAGCCCAGGGUGGUGCUGAACGUGGCCCACACCGUGGUGAAGAGGGUCUCCCCUUUUGUCCGGCAGAUUGACUUCGCUCUGGACUGGAUGGCUCUGGAGGCUGGGCGGGCUGUUUACAGGCAGGGCGACAAGUCCGACAGCACCUUCAUCGUCCUGAGCGGCCGGCUGCGCUCCGUCAUCGCAAAGGAUGAUGGGAAAAAGGAGCUGGCUGGAGAGUACGGGCGAGGAGACCUGAUCGGUGUGGUGGAGGCGCUGACCCACAUGAACCGGGCCACCACGGUCCACGCCGUCCGGGACUCGGAGCUGGCCAAGCUUCCUGAAGGAGCCCUGAAGUCCAUUAAGAGGAGGUACCCCCAGGUGGUGACGCGGCUCAUCCACCUGCUGGGUCAGAAGAUCCUGGGGAACAUGCAGCAAGUCAACGGACCCCUGGCAGCUCGCAGUCUGGCUCUGCACACGCCCACCAGCAAGUGGGACGCGGGAAACCCCGCCUCCAACUUGUCCACCGUGGCCAUCCUGCCGGUGUCUGAAGAGGUUCCUCUGACUGCCUUCACCCUGGAGCUGCAGCAUGCUCUCAGUGGCAUCGGCCCCACGCUGCUGCUGACCAGUGACAUCAUCAAGCAGCGCCUGGGCUCAGCCGCCCUGGACAGCAUCCAUGAGUACCGGCUGUCCAGCUGGCUGGGUCAGCAGGAGGACAUCCAUCGCAUCGUCCUGUACCAGUCCGACUCCAGCCUCACGCCCUGGACCCAGCGCUGCAUCCGCCAGGCUGACUGCAUCAUCAUCGUGGGCCUGGGAGAGCAGGAGCCCACGGUGGGCGAGUUAGAGCGGAUGCUGGAGGGUGGCGCUGUGCGGGCCCAGAAGCAGCUGGUUCUGCUGCACAAGGAAGACGGGCCGCCGCCGAGGGGCACGGCUGAGUGGCUGAACAUGAGGAGCUGGAUCUCCAGACACCAUCACCUGUCCUGCCCACGCAGGGUCUUCUCCAAGAGGAGUCUGCCCAAGCUGCGAGAGCUGUACCAGCGGGUGUUUGAAAAGUGUCCGGACCGCCACUCGGAUUUCUCACGUCUGGCCAGGAUCCUGACUGGAAACAGCAUCGCUCUGGUUCUGGGAGGCGGCGGAGCCAGGGGCUGCUCUCAGGUGGGCAUCCUGCGGGCUCUGAGCGAGUCGGGGAUUCCCGUGGACAUGGUGGGCGGCACGUCCAUCGGCUCCUUCAUGGGGGCGCUGUACGCCGAGGAGAAGAGCAGCAGCCGCAUGAGGGUGCGGGCUCGAGAGUGGGCCAUGGAUAUGACAUCGCUCUUCAAGAAGGUCAUGGACCUGACCUAUCCCGUCACCUCCAUGUUCUCAGGAGCGUCUUUCAACUCUGGGAUCAGCUCGGUCUUCAAAGGCAAACAGAUCGAGGAUCUGUGGCUGCCCUACUUCAACAUCACCACUGACAUCACCGCCUCCUCCAUGAGGGUUCACACUGACGGCUCGCUGUGGCGCUACGUCCGCGCCAGCAUGUCUCUGUCCAGUUACCUGCCGCCGCUCUGCGACCCCAAAGACGGACACCUGCUGAUGGAUGGAGGCUACAUCAACAACCUGCCGGCCGACGUGGCGCGUUCCAUGGGAGCCAAAGUGGUGAUCGCCAUCGACGUGGGAAGUCGCGACGAGACCAACCUCACCAACUACGGCGACUCUCUGAACGGCUGGUGGCUGCUGUGGAAGAGGUUCAACCCCCUGGCAGAGAAAGUCAAGGUCCUCAACAUGGCGGAGAUCCAGUCCCGGCUGGCCUACGUGUGCUGCGUGCGACAGCUGGAGCUGGUCAAGGACAGCGACUACUGCGAGUACAUCCGGCCGCCCAUCGACCGCUACGGAACCCUGGAGUUCGGCAAGUUCGACGAGAUCGCAGAAGUGGGCUACCAGCACGGGAAGACGCUGUUUGACGUGUGGCAGCGCAGCGGGGUGGUGGACAGCAUGCUGAAGGACCGGCAUCAGGAGGAGUUCCACAAGACCAAGACGGCUCACGUGGUCACGUGUCCCAACGCCUCCUUCACCGACCUGGCCGAGAUCGUGUCGCGCAUCGAGCCCAUCAAGGCCUCCGUGUUAGAGGAGGAAUCCGACGACUACCAGACGGACUACGACGAGGAGGCGGUGGAGAGCGCGCUGUCCGACUACGAGGCGUUGACGGCGGGCAGCGAGCACACCGAGGGCGAGGAGACGGCCGAGACGGACGAGGAGAUCCAGUUCAGACCCCGGCAGAGUUUCCCGUCGGAAAGUUCCGGAGUGAGUCAGGACGACUGACGGGACAAACCUGGCAGGAGAGUUGUGGACUCGGCUUCACCUGGACUCUUCUGUGAGGACCGACCGGCCUCAGAUCUCAGGAGCCCGAGGUCAGGCGCCAUGUGGUCCUUCCAGGCCACCAUUGAACCGCACACACAUGUGGAGACUGAAGAUUAGUAGAUCAUGAAGUCAGAGUUUCAUGUUUUCUUUCACUUAGAUUUGUGUUUGUGACAACAGCAGUUAACACGCCUGUGUUAUUGUCCCUAUUUUUAGUGUGAUUUCCUUGUCCUGACAACAUAUUUUAUUAUGUUUAUUUACCUCAAUUUAACGUUAAAAAAAUGGAUUAGUGAGAUAAAGUAUUGAGUUCGUUUAACUCAAGGUUUAGUUUCGAGUUUAUUUAACUUUAGUUUCAUGUUCACAUCCAACUGGUGUUGAGUUCGACCUCCAGUCUCAGAGGAAACUGAUGGACGGCCAUCUUUGUGUUCGUUUAUAUCCGAGCAGCGUUUGAGGAAACAUUCGCCUUUAUGUACAGUCAAAGAAGUGAACUAAUAAUAUGUUUUUUAAAUGUACUUAAAAGCUACAAAACAUAUUCCCAGUGCAAUCACAGUUUGCUGUCAACAUUUCUGUUGAAAUCAAAAAGUGGCUUCCUGAGCUCAUGAAUGUAAUGGCUGAGUUCUGAACGUCGCCUGGGUGAAGACGUCAUCGCCCCGGCUCUGUUUCGUAUGUACAGUUCGUACAGUCGUGAGCCACUCGACUCUUCCUCGCUGUUCAACCUUCGUCACCACCGCCUUUGUGUGCAGAAGAAAUGGAUAUGAAAAUGCAGGCGCCCUCUGCUGGUGAAAGUGGGCGGUGCGAGUUCAUCUCUUUUUAUUUAGGUUUACAUUUCAGCAACUAUUUUCAUUUUUUGUAUCAAUAUUUGUUAACAUCUGUGCCUGAUGAUUCUGCACCGGUGGAGCUAUAGUUCAUUAGUUCAGCUUGUAACGGUAUCACUGUGGUAACAAGCGCCGUCUGUCUUUAUUUAAUUCUAUUUAACGGAUCAUUAACGUGUUCCAGGUGACGACGCUUUGUGUGUUUGAGUUGUAACGUGUCGAGUUGUGAUAAACUGGAUGGACAUGUGAGACCGAGUCUUCUUCUGUUGAAGCCACAUCAUCACAACACGCAAACUCACUCAGGCGAAUGAACUCAUUUGUCAUGAAUAAAAAUAUAAGGUAAAAAUUAAUACAUAAAAAAAUCAUG